GUCGCUGAGAAAAUUUAGAUGUGAAUAUUGAAUCUUGUUUCGGCUAAUUCCUUAGAGCUAGAGGAAAUUAAAGAAAUUUAGAAUACACGAAGUAACGAGCUGUUGCUAUACUGGGACUCUUCACUCUUGAAAUAAUCUCUUUAUGCUUUCACAGGAUGCUUUGUUCGAGAUAUCCUCUGCCACUCUUUGCAAAUAGAGUUGAAUCCAUUAGAAUUCCGUCUAGCACAUACAGUCUUGUGGUACGCGCCGCAAAGGGUCCCCGACCAAGAUACCCUAGGGUUUGGAAAACAAAUAAGAGGAUUGGGACAAUCUCCAAGUCAGCAAAGCUUGUUCAUUGUGUAAGAGGAUUGUCAAAUGUCAAGGAGGAAGUUUACGGGGCUCUUGAUUCCUUCGUUGCUUGGGACUUGGAGUUCCCUUUAAUUGUGGUUAAGAAAGCAUUGAGGACUCUUGAGAAUGAGGGAGAAUGGAAAAGAAUCAUUCAGGUGGCAAAGUGGAUGUUAAGCAAGGGUCAAGGGAAGACUAUGGGUACCUAUUACACUUUACUAAAUGCUUUAGCAGAGGAUGGGAGACUUGAUGAAGCUGAAGAGCUCUGGAAAAAACUAUUCUCUGAGAAAUUGGAAAGCACACCUCAUAACUUCUUCGAUAAAAUUAUUUCUAUUUACUUCAAGAGGGACAUGCAUGAGAAAUUAUUUGAGGUAUUUGCGGACAUGGAAGAGCUUGGCGUUCUGCCAAGUGCUCCCAUUGUUUCAAUGGUCGGUAAGGUGUUCUUGAAACUAGGCAUGUUGGACAAAUAUGACAAAUUGAAGAAGAAAUACCCACCACCAAAAUGGGAGUACCGAUAUAUCAAAGGAAAGCGUGUGAAAGUUAGAGCAAAGCGUCAAUAUGAAUUUGAUGUGACCAACAUGGAAUCCAACCAGGUUUCGAACGCAAACUCUGAAGCAGAUGAAGCAAGUUCAAACGAAUUAGAUCGGCCUAACAACAAUGAAAGUGAUCAAGUGGGUACUAACCUGGUUUCAAAUCAGUUGUCCUUGGAAGAUGAAACAAGUUCAGAUGAACUCAAUGGAGAUGACAGAGGAGUAAGCCAAGACGGAGAAUCUAUCCUCGACUGUAAUGAAUCAUUUAAGGGAGCUGAAACUAGUUCAGACAAAGUCAGUGUUGAAGCCACAUAUCCUCUCAAUCAGUCUGAUGCUAUUUCAGCAUUCAUCUGGGAUUGGCAGAUUGCUGUUUGAAUGGAGUUCCAUACUCCUCUCUGGAUUUCUGACCAAAACUGAAUCUGAUGGCAGGGACUAUAGUUGCACCUCUAAUCUAGCAGUCAGGCUUAUGACCAUCAAAGACAGCUGCAACCAACUGUGCAGUCCUAAUGCCUCUCAAGCAGUCAGACUUGCAGUGAGAAUGGUUUCCCGGAUCACCGAUGAAGUAAUGCUGGAAGGGGACUUUAUGGUGGUAGUUCAAGCAUUACAAGAUAUUUCGUCAUAUUCCAAAUGUAAUAUUUUACUUAUUGUUAAGAACAUUCUCAAUAUCCUUAAUAAUAGAGUAACUUGGUCCAUUGAUCAUGUAAGGGGAGUAUAACUCCUGGGCUCAUAGUUUAGCCAAGUGGGCGUGGUAAUAUUCCAUAUUCUUUCAUUUCCAUUUUGGGGUGGUACCUAGUCAAUGUUUUAGACUCAAGUAAUUUUUGAUGUCCA